AACUACAAGCCGCUCAACGUAAAAGAUGCGUUGUACUACUUGGACCAGGUGAAGCUACAAUUCCGGAAUCAGACCGACGUCUACAACAACUUCCUCGACAUCAUGAAGGACUUCAAGAGCCAAAAUAUCGACACACCAGGUGUUAUUGAAAGAGUUUCGUCCUUAUUCAAAGGACACCCAAAGUUGAUAGACGGGUUCAACACCUUCCUUCCCCAAGGCUUUUCCAUUGAGUGCUCAACUUCUGAUGUCAACACCAUUAUUGUCACGACUCCAUUGGGAACCUCCAUCAGGAGAAACUCUGCGACGUCCCUUCCGAGCGCGUCCGAAGCCCAGCCAUUGUCAGCUGCAACCAAUAACGGGUUUCCACAGCAAAGAGGUGUGCCCUCCCAGUAUCCGUACAUGGAGAAUAACAACGGCAAUCAGCAGCCGCCAUUCAAUGCACCAGAGCAACAGGCUGCCCCGGCAGCAGAUCAACAAGCAGAGUCGAAGCAGAGUACCCCAGCCGAAUUUGAUCAGGCUAUCAACUAUGUAAACAAGAUCAAACAAAGGUACGCUUCCCAACCAGACAUUUACAAGUUGUUCUUGGAAAACUUACAAAUGUACCAAAAGGGCCUCAAACCAAUAAAUGAAGUUUAUAGAGAGAUUUCUGUUCUCUUCAGAGAUGCUCCUGACUUGUUGGAAGACUUCAAAUUAUUCAUGCCUGAUAACACCAUCUCCACACAGCAAGACCAGUUGAUGAAUCAAGGACCAGAUGCCCAAGCUGCAGCUGAACAGUACCCGCAAUAUGCCCAACAACAAUUUCAACCUCAACAAUAUCCUUCUCAACCACUUCAGCAGCAGCAGCAACCACUUCAACAGCAACAACAACAGCUGCAGUCGCAGCAGCAACCACCACAAUUCCAACAGGAUGCACAUUUGGCAGCUAAGGAUAGAAAGAAAAAGGGUUCAGUGUCUGGUGUAAGUCAGAUUCAAACAGUUCAAAAGCAGGGUCAAUUACAACCGAGCGAUGAAUUCCCCGUUUCUAACUUGAGAGGUGCACCACUUGAACAACAUCAAAUACAACAGCUGCAUGAAAAGCCUGCUCUUAUUUCAGGUGUUCUCGAACCUGUUUAUCCUAAAACUUUGGAUACAGAUCUAUCCAAUGAAUUAGCAUUUUUUGAUAAAGUGAAGAAGGCUAUUGGUAAUAAGCAAACUUACAAUGAGUUUUUGAAGUUACUAAAAUUAUAUUCAAGUGAUGUUAUUGAUAAGUCGACUUUGCAUGAUAAAGCACGUACUAUGAUUGGUGGGUUCCCGGAGCUUUUUGAAUGGUUCAAGAACUUCAUUGGUUGGGAAGAAAAACCUUUGAGAAUUGAAAAUAUUGCAAUAAAAAAGCAACAACUAGAUUUAAUGAUGUGCAAAGCUGCUGGCCCAUCGUACAGACAAUUGCCUAAGUCACAGACUAAAAUGCCAUGCUCCGGUAGAGAUGAUUUGUGUUGGUCGGUUUUCAAUGAUGAAUGGGUCGGUCAUCCUGUUUGGGCUUCCGAGGAAUCUGGAUUUAUUGCUCACCGUAAAAAUCAAUACGAAGAAAUGCUUUUCAGGAUAGAAGAUGAAAGACACGAAUAUGACUACUAUAUGGAAGCCAACUUAAGAACCAUUCAAACCCUAGAGACUAUUGCCAAUAGAAUAGCCAACAUGACACCUGAGGAAAAGGCUAGAUUCAAGUUGCCAAUUGGUUUGGGACAUACAUCUAGUACGAUUUACGUCAAGGUCAUCAGAAAGAUCUAUGAUAAAGAUAGAGGAUGGGAGGUAAUCGAUGCAUUGCACGAAAAUCCUACAGUUACUGUUUUAAUUGUUUUGAAAAGAUUGAAGCAGAAAGAUGAAGAAUGGAAGAGAGCGCAUAGAGAAUGGAACAAAGUUUGGAGAGAAGCGGAGCAAAAAUUGAUGAUCAAGUCCCUAGACCAUUUGGGUUUAUCUUUCAAGAACAUCGAUAAAAAAUUAUUGACUAACAAGCAACUUGUGAGUGAAAUAUCGACAAUCAAGCAAGAACAAGUCAACAAAAAACUUCACCCCCUGAUGACUAGACCAAAGUCUGAAUUGAUUACCAUGUAUGAAGAUUUCAGCAUUUUUAUGGAUAUUCUGAAACUUGUGAAUACCAACUUAAAACAUAACCAAGUCUAUUCUCAGAAUGAUAAAGAAAGAAUGGAGACUUUCAUGAGAUCUUUCAUGGUUAAAUUUUUCUUCAUGGACCCACAAUACAUUGAGGAUCAGUUAACGAAGCGUGGAAUUGUCUCAGUUAAUGAAGAUAAUGACACUGCAGAAGAUUCUAAUAAGGAGGAAAUCAAUACCAAGUCGAUUCCAACUCUUUCUCAAACAAAGAAGAGACCUAGAGAAUAUGAUUUAUUGAGAGACGUUUUACGGAAGAAUAAGAGAAGAAAGAACGAAUUACAAGGUCAACAGCAAAGCAACUCCACAAAUGAUCAAGAGACCGGUGAAGAUGAGCAAGUUCCUGAUGAAAUACAAAAGGUUCAAUCUAACUGGAUUUCAAAUGAGACUUUCAAUUCAACGGACAACAAGGCCAGAGAGGAGUAUAACAUGUUCGCCAAUACUCAAAUCUACGUCUUUUACAGGCACUUGGACACACUUUAUAAGAGAUUGUUAGAAAUAAAGAAGAUUGCUCCUUCUGUCAAUAAGGAAAUCAAAUCCAGACUACCAACCAAGUUUGCAUCUGAUCUUGGCUUAAUUGAUCACCAUUUGGAAGAUUUAGGUGUGUCUAUCAAAGGAAGCGAUUCUUAUUCUGAAGCCCUUGAAUUGUGUGUUAAAUUGAUCGACAACAAACUCGAGCAAAGUACCUUUGAAGAAGCUCUUCGUAAUGGGUUCAGAAAUAAAGCUUUCAAAUUGUUCACAAUUGAUCGGGUAAUUCAAAGUUUGAUGAAACACUGCCACACGAUAGUUUCUGAUUCCAAAUGUAGUGAGAUUCUGCUGUUGAUGGAAAAGGACCGCAAUCAACCAAAAACAAGUACAAAAGACCAAAUCCUUUACAGAAUUCAAGUUCGGAAUUACAUGAAUUUAGAUGAAAAUAUGUUCAAAAUCACUUACAACAAGGCCUUGUCAGCAACCACCAUCACUUUCCUAGCUCUAGAAGAUUUGACUAUUAAGGAUGAAUCUCAGGAUAAAGAAGGUAAAUGGAAUUAUUAUUUGACAAGCUACUCGAUGUCUCAUCCGACGGAAGGUUUAGACAGUACUAAAAUUCGUUUACCAUUUUUGAAGAGCCAGCUAGAAAAUGAACAAGAGGACGAAAAUGAAAUCGAGGGAGUAGCAGAUUCCAAGCUAUCGGUGAAGAUCGAUAUGGAUACUUACAGAAUGAGAUUUGAGCCAGAAUCUUAUGACUUGUUCAUUAGAAACUCUCUAUAUUCGAAAAAACCAACUAGUAAAAAAAACCGGCAAAUCAGACUUGAUAAAUUGGUUGAUGUUGUGAAUGGUGAUUAUGGAAUUGCUGCAGACUUGAAAGAAGACGGUUUGAAGCGUGCCAACGAGAAACUCGAAAUUUUGAAGGCAGAAGGCCCAGAGAAGUAU